GUUCUUCGUUCUAUCUGUCCAUGGGAUUUCUUUUGACAUAAGAAUAGAACGCAAUGUAGAAUCUGCAUUGUAGAUAAGAAGAUUACAAAGUUCUGAUAAUCUACCUUAGUGAUAAUCAACCAACAUUGGAGGUGUAGGUAAACAGACAAGAAAAUAACAAAAGAGAUGAAUGAAUCAUCGUGUUAACCAACAACCAAUGCAAUGUGGUCAGUCCCAAAACAUGUCGUUGAAGCUUGUCAGAAAUAUUUGGACACGAAAAGGAAGGGUUCAAACGCAAAAAGAAUACAUAGCCGGAAGGGCAGUACACCAGACAUGGGGUUGUUGAAGAGAAUUUCGAAGCAAAUGAUUAUCAAUGAUGUCAUUCGGAGUACAAUUGUGGAAAGAAAGACAGAUGAAAUUUAUUGGAGAGUUUUGAUCUUGGAUCAUUUUUCAAGCAAGAUUGUGUCCCAUUGUUGUGGAAUGCAUGACAUUACGGCAGAAGGGGUCACCUUGGUCGAAGAUUUACAUAAAAAACGAGAACCGUUACCAUUCUUGGAAGCCAUUUAUAUCCUGAAACCCACUGAUGCUAACUCUGUAGAUGCUCUGCUUGCCGACCUCAACUCGAAUCCCAACAUCUACAAGGCGUUCCAUGUGUUCUUUAUUGAAUUAUGUCCAAUGAGUAUAAUCGAAAAGUUUGCUGACGUCCUUAACAUAAGCAGAGUAAAAACCUUCAAAGAGAUCAACAUGUCUUUCAUUCCAUACGAGAGUCAUGUAUUUUUGUUGGAAAAUCGACCCCGGGUCACCCGUCUCUAUUACAAUUCCCUGGAAGAUUUAACCGAAGUUACGCUCAACAUUGACAUUAUGGCCACUCAAAUCGCAACCUUAUGUGCCUGUUUGGGUGAAAAUCCCUCAAUACGAUACCGGUCAGCAUUUAUAAAAAAUUCCGACUUGGCUCGUACGAUUGAUCAGAAGCUUCAAGAAUAUAAAAAAUUGGAUCCUACAAUGGGGGCAGGGACAGAGAAAUCCCGAUCACAGCUUCUGAUUUUGGAUCGAGGGUUCGAUAUUGUCUCCACAGUUUUGCAUGAAUUAUCUUUUGAAGCAAUGAUCCACGAUUUACUUCCACUUAAAAAUGGAGCAUACCAGUUGAAGUCCAGCACUGGAGAGGUAAAGAAUGUUUUCUUGGAUGAAGAUGACGAGUCAUGGAAAGAACUCAAGCAUUUGCACAUUGCAGAAGUCAGCAAAAAAGUAUCUGACGAUUAUCAGGACUUUGCAAAAUCAAAAAACAUUGAAACACCCGACGGUCAGCAAGUUGGUUUAAGGGAUUUGCAAAUGAUGGUCAAGAAGUUACCUCAAUACCAAAAGGAAAUGACAAUGUUUGCCACGCAAAUUAGCAUGGCGAGUGACUGCAUGAAAGUGUAUGAGAGAAUCAAGAAUCUACUAUUACUUGAACAAGAUCUCGCAACAGGGGAGGAUGCCAAUGGAGAACCAAUUAAAGGAAUUAUGAAUAAAAUGUUCCCCGUGUUAAUGGAAGUUGACAGUGAAAGUGUAACAGAAUACGAAAAACUGAGACUUAUCAUUCUUUACAUCAUUUCAAGAAAUGGAGUAACUGAAGAAAUCCUUACAAAACUCUUCACUCACGCAAUGUUAAAUCCCGCAUUUCGAGAAAUGAUUGAAAACUUGGCCCUUCUUGGACCUAACGUUGUGGUCAUAGGGGAUUCACGGAAAGAAACGCACAAUGUUGAAAGAAAGAAUAGAGAUGAACCUGGAAAGUGUUUUUAUACGACAUCGAGAUGGACACCUGUUCUGAAGGAUCUUGCCGAGUUCGUGCUUGAAGAUCGCUUAGACAAGAAAAGUUUUCCAUACCAGUUUAACAGAAAUGCUGACACGGGAUACAAAAUUCCUGCAAGUACAAGAUAUGUUCAACAAUGGUAUCCAAAAAGUGGGCAACAGACACGAAGUGGACCACGGCUCAUAAUUUUUGUUGUCGGAGGCAUUUCACUUUCGGAAAUUAGAUCUGUUUAUGAGAUAAACAAGUCGCAAUCAGAAUGGGAAGUUGUAAUCGGCUCUACUGAGAUACUGACACCAAGUAAUUUUCUAAAAGAUUUGGAAACUUUGGCAUAAAUGUCAAUUUCUAGUUAUACUCAACCAAAGUAUCAGACAAUUCAUGAAAAGUUUACUCUGGAGAUGUCAAUGCCUUUAAAGCCAAAUUUAAAUUUAACCAACUAACAAUUAAUGUGAAAUAUAGAAAACUUAUAACCAUUAAGGAUAUUAAAAUAUAUUAUUAAACUUUA